AUGAGGCAGAUGUGUGUUAUUCGUAAAUGUUAUGUCAUGGCAAUGCCAUCCAGAGUGUUGGUGCUGCUAUUUGUGUGCGUUUGUGGGAAAUUCAAUUUUGAAGAAGACUCAAUUCUUGAGGUAAUUUUCGGGAGUUUCGCAGACUGCACAGAGAGUUGCAAUGCAAGAGUUGCAUGUUUAGACAUUCUAUAUGACCGUCACUAUAGGGUUUGCAUAUUGUACAAAACGGAAAUUGCUUUAACUUCAAGGCGGAAACUUCGUUAUGUAAAAGAUCGAGUUCUUUUAACUGAACAGCAAAAUGUGACCGGCUGUGCCGAAUGUGCACGAGAAAACUGCAGAAAAGUGUUUGGCGACUACUCAUGUGUUACAACCGUUUGUUCGGCUCUUGUCAAAGUCAAUGGUACAAUUAUUCUAGGAAACUCUAACGUCAUUGAUGCAAAAGUACGGUAUCAGUGUAGCGCAGACACAGAAACAAGCUAUGAGGCCCAGUGUCUGCAAACUGGAUCUUGGUCAAAUGAGAAUAUUAGUUGUGAAAAUAAUAGGUGUAAGCUGCAGAGUCAUCUCCAAAACGGAAACUGGAUAAUGGAAAAAUUAAACACUACACAUGUUUAUGCAAAUGUCACGUGCAAUACCGGAUAUGAGCUGCACAUGCCGGAAAUGGCUGUUUGUAAUAUUAAGACAGGACAGUGGACAGGAUUAAAAUGGAUCUGCUGUGACAAAUACACAGGUAUGCUAGGACUGAAAAUAUACCACAGUGCUGCCUAUUCUGGCGGGCAAACAUUCAAGAAAUGGACACAGGGAAUGGGUUUACAUAGCCAACGGUACGGCAAAAUGUGUGCGUACAGAAACGCGAGCAUAAUUGACAACUGGGCCAAUUUUACAAUGGAUUUUGUGACUUUCCGUGUAAUAGAAAGUGACUCGGUGGUAGCAUACUUGAAAUUCAACGGGACCGGGUCAACAAAAAUGAACUGGUUUUCAAAAGAUAGACUGUUAGAAAGUUCAUGGAAUGACCUAAAUAAAACUUCAACUACCCAUAUCUUUAGCAUUAAGGGAAACAUGGACAUUCAACGCUGGCUGAUCAGUAGAAACUCGGAUCCAACUGGAAACUGUUGGAAUGAUACUGUAUGGUUUUGUGUAACAUGGAAUGACUAUCCCUGUGGAAACACUUCCAGCUACAGCUCACCAAGACUUCUAUACGCAAAGGAUAACACCGUUUCACAGUUUGUAGUAGAUAAAAUGGGGUUUGCAGAUAAAUUUGAAGUCUGGAUAACACCAAUUCCAUAAACUUUUCAAUAAGAAUCUACAUUGCAACAUCCGGCACUAGUUAAGUAUAACUAGAUCCUUCCUGUAACGUAAGGGGCGAGGGUGUUUUACUUUAUGUUAUCUCUCAUGAACAGUCUGGUGUUGUUUUGCUUGGUCACAUCUUAUAUU